CCCGGCAGGCGGAGUCAAGAUGGCGGCGCUGUGGGUGCUGCGGGCCCUGCGCGGUCUCUGCGGGGCCGCGCUGUUCCUGUCCCAGCUCUCCGUCCUCUCCGGCCGCGUGGGAUCUUUGAUGACAACAAAGCUUUCACAGCCACAGUCUACACUGGCAAAAAGCCUAACUUCAACAAGUACAAAUACUCCCUAUUUUAAAGCAGCAGAAAGCACAGAAAUUCCACCUUACAUGAUUAAAUGUCCCAGCAACGGGCUGUGCAGUAGAUUGCCACCAGACUGCAUGACAUGCAACACAAACCACUCCUGUAUAUAUGGGAAGCUGGCCACUUUUGAUUGCAAGGUCAAGCCACAUGUUCAUUGUGUUGAUGAGAAUAACCACGAGCAGGAGAACUUCACAAUUAACAUGACGUGCCAGUUUUGCUGGCAGCUUGCCACAAGUGACUAUGUCUGCACCAACUCCACAAACUGCAUGACAGUUUCCUGCCCACGGCAGCGCUACAAUGCCACUUGUACAGUCCGGGACCACAUCCAUUGCCUGGGUAACCGUGUCUUUCCUAAGAUGCUCUAUUGCAAUUGGACUGGAGGUUAUAAGUGGUCUACUGCCCUGGCACUAAGCAUCACCCUUGGUGGAUUUGGUGCCGAUCGUUUCUAUUUGGGCCAGUGGCGGGAAGGUUUGGGGAAACUCUUCAGCUUUGGAGGACUUGGAAUAUGGACACUAAUCGAUGUGCUGCUCAUAGGUGUUGGCUAUGUGGGACCUGCAGAUGGUUCUCUUUAUAUUUAAAUGUGGGUGCAGUGUAUUUCAGAGAGGAGUCAUUGCCUGGGAAGGGCUCUAAAUAAAAAAAGAAGGUGGAGAUUUGAGCCUUUAAGGUAGAAUGAAGAACAACCGUUUGUUCUGUGUGCAUACAUUUUAAUGUACAGUAUCUGUACUUGGUUUGCCUUUAACUAAGGUGAAAUAAAAGAGUGGAUCACUGAGUAAGUUGAAAUUAAUUUCA